AUGGCACCAAAACAAAGCAACAAAGAACGCAACGGGGCUUUCAAUCAUGAAGUGUUGGAUCGCUUACCAUUGAAGGGACCAGACACUGUGAAAUUUAAGAUAUUUGAUUGUCUUGCAAUACUGUACCGCCUCUCUUAUACUAACGAUGAUAUAAUAGAAGAGUCUCAGAUAAAUCAUAAAUUUUUAAAACAAAUCUUUCAACAAUACGGCAAUGAGUAUAAUGAAUAUGCCACAGAGAUGGAAACUGUUCCUCCAAAGCUUGAAAAUGACGAUAAGAAAGAUCAUGUAAAGGAUAAUAAUGAUAACGUUGAUGACAUAAGGAUAAUAAAUGACGUUGCGGAGAAUGCAAUUAUUAGUAUAACAAGAGAAUUAUGCGAAGCGCACAAAAAGUCAGUUUCUGAUGCUCUUCAAAAAAUGGAGAUGAUGGCAAAUGAUGAUAAAAGAAAAUUGAAGAGGAAAGAUAUGGAGACAUUGGAUCUAUUGAGGCAACAGAUGAGAUCUGAGGUGGAGGCAUUUUUCCAAAGAGUUCCAACUGGCGGGAUGAAACCAACAUCCACAGCAAGAGCCAGUAACAGCAGUACCAUUACCAUUGGAAGCACUACGAAACAUAAAAAACAUAAAGAGAGUAGAUCUAAAAAUAAAAAGAGAAGAAUCGAAGACAGAACAAAUGCUGAUGGCAAUUAUCAAAAUAUAGUUGAUUAUAGUUUUGUUGAUUUAAAGAAAUCGAAAAUCGAUAGGUAUGAACCUUAUCAAUCAUACUUAAACAAGUGA